GGUCCAAAUUCCAAAUAAACCCAAAUCUCUUUCCUCAUCCUCCCCGGAUUUCUGCAGACAGUGAGCCAUUGGAUCCAAUUGGAAAAAAACAAACACCAUAGCCGAUUUCUUUCUGACUAAAUCCAAACCAAAGACUGCCGCCGCCGACGAGCGGAUAUAUUUCCAGACGUCGUCAAGGCUCCUUCCAGCAUUGGAGGACCGAGGUAGAUAAUCUAAAUUGACUUCUGGAUCAAGACCAUGUUUCGAUGGCAUCAUGUUGAAUCGUGCUUCAGAUGGGCAAGUUUUGGUAGUAGACUGUAUAGUUCCAGAGAGUUAUUGCAAGAUUCGUCUGAUGUAACCAAAAAGAUCUGUAAAAUUAUGAUGUCCUGCCCAAAGUUAGGCCUGGAUACUAUGCUCGACCAGAGCGGCAUCCGGAUUUCUACAGAUGUAGUCGAAAAAGUCCUUGAAAAAUUUGAGAAUGCUGGAAUGCUGGCGCACAGAUUCUUUGAAUGGUCUGGCAAGCAACGAAACUACGAGCACAGUGUUAGAGCUUAUCAUAUUAUGAUUGGGUCUUUAGCGAAGAUAAGGCAGUAUCAGAUAAUGUGGGAUCUUGUGAAUGGCAUGAAAAGCAAGCAAAUGCUGAAUAUUGAAACGUUCUGUAUAAUUAUGAGGAAGUAUGCCAGGGCCCAAAAAGUGGAUGAAGCGGUGUAUACAUUUAACGUGAUGAAUAAGUAUGACAUGCCUCCUAAUUUGGCAGCCUUUAAUGGGUUGUUGAGUGCUUUGUGCAAGUCUAAGAACGUUAGGAAAGCGCAAGAGAUUUUUGAUAAAAUGAAGGAUCAGUUUAUUCCUGAUUUGAAAAGUUAUAGCAUUUUGAUUGAAGGGUGGGGAAGGGCUCCUAAUUUACCCAAAGCAAGAGAAAUUUUUAGAGAAAUGGUUUGUGCAGGUCGUAAUCCUGAUAUUGUGACAUAUGGUAUCAUGGUUGACAUUCUUUGCAAGGCUGGAAAGACUGAUGAAGCAGUUAAAGUUAUCAAGGAGAUGGAGCUUGGUGGAUGUAGGCCGACGUGUUAUAUUUAUAGUGUUUUGGUCCAUACAUAUGGGAUUGAGAAUCGGAUAGAAGAUGCUGUUGAUACAUUCCUUGAAAUGGAAAGAAAUGGAGUGAAUGCUGAUGUGGCAGUGUAUAAUGCAUUAAUCAGUGCUUUCUGCAAAGUAAAUAAAUUUCAAAAUGCCUAUAGGGUUCUGAAUGAGAUGGAUAACAAGGGGGUGAGACCUAAUUCGAGGACUUGUAAUAUUCUUCUUAAUGCCUUGAUUGGUUGUGAGGAAACCGACGAAGCCUUUAUCAUGUUCCGCAGAAUGGUCAAAGUUUGUGAGCCAGAUGCAGACACAUAUACUAUGAUGAUAAAGAUGUUCUGUGAGAAGGAUGAACUUGAGAUGGCCUUCAAGGUGUGGAAGUAUAUGAAAAAGAAGCAGUUUGCUCCUAGUAUGCACACUUUCUCUGCUCUUAUUAAUGGACUAUGCAACAAGGCCGAUGUUUCCAGGGCUUGUGUUUUAAUGGAAGAAAUGAUAGAAAAAGGAAUUCACCCAGGAAGACAUACAUUUGGAAAGUUGAGACAGUUGCUUUUGAAGGAAGGGAGAGAAGAUGUACUUGAAUUUCUACAGGAAAAGAUGAACCUUUUGGUCAAGGAACCUUUAUGGGAUUCAGAAAUAUGAGUUUAAUGACUAGAAUAAAAUAAACAGAGCAUUUGAAUUCAAUGAGGCAUCAAUGUUCCAUGUAGGUAAAAGUGUAGUUUUAAACAAGCACCAAUGCAACUAUGCUGUUGGUUGUAUUGGACUUAUUUGCCCUUACUAUCUUUUUGGGAAAAAGUGUGGAGUUCGUUGGCUUUGAAACACCAAGGGGACCAUGAAUGUUAUGGGCUUUUCGCAUUACAUUUCACUGCGUUAUAUGAAGUCAUUUUUCUGGGUUUACCUGGAUGCAUUGUGGAAUACUAUGCAUGUGGCUGCAGGCGGACAUUACGGUCAAAGUACAAUGAGCAGGGGUUGGUGAUAGCAGAUGGCUAUUCAUGAAUAUGUGCUAUAAAACAUGACAUGCAAUCCUGAAGUCACCCAAACAGGAAGAGAGAGCAUGGGACUAAGGGGGAUUCAACCGAUGCAGGUCAUAACAAAGAUAUUAACUAAGGAAAAUGAUUCGUGGUAAGAACAGGGUCCAAGUACGCUUGGAAGAGAACCAUUGAGGAGAUGGAUUAAGAUAUUUGUACAAAUUUUGGUUGACAAAAACUUCAACUGACUCUCACAUGCAUGCGGUCCCCGCAUGGAUUAAAUAAUUCCGACAUGUAGACCCCAACUUCCCAUUGUGAGUGUAAGUAAAAGAUUUUGUACAAAAGUGUUAGUACAUGUAGCAUCUUUCGAGAGGAGAUACCCGAUAAAACAAAAGAUAAAAGAAAAUUUAGAUGGUACUUCAUAUGUAUUCACGGUAUAAUUUUCCGAUUUUCGGAUAAUUGGGCGUCAGUGGGCCAAAAUAUUUUAGUGGAAUAAGAUCUUAGACUGGUGAGGUGGUA